GAAUGAACAGUGACGGGUGUAAGAUAUUGCGGAUUAAAGAAAAUAUAUAACGGAAGAGUAAAAUUGAGCAAUAGCCUUAUGAGAGGGCGCAUGCGCGUCGGUGCUGCUCCUGUACAGUUAUUACUGUAGUGACCGGUGUGGGCGGAGCUCUGGUUGCCACGUUGAGCUGGACGUGGAGGGGAGGUUCUGCGACCUGAAGAGCCGGCCUGAGGCCGAAGGUACGGAAGCUCCAGAGCAGCCCAGAGACCCGGAGAGAGCCACAUUCACCAUUGCCUAGGGCAUUGCUUUGGCAGCUUGCGUUGUGCCCGGGUUGGAGGACAUUUCCUGUGCCAGCUUCUAUCCUGUGGACCGGCUUUAGCAGGAGUAGCCCUACUGCCUACGUGUGGAACAGGCUGGUUCCCUGCCCUAGAGACAGAAUGAAGCUAAAAGAAAUUGACCGUACUGCCAUGCAGGCCUGGAGCCCCUCUCAGCAACAUCCCAUAUAUCUGGCAACCGGCACCUCUGCCCAGCAGCUUGAUGCCACUUUUAGUACUAAUGCAUCUUUGGAGAUUUUUGAACUGGAUUUGGAUGAGCCAUCUCUGGAUAUGAAGUCAUGUGCUUCCUUUGUGUCCUCUCAUCGGUACCAUAAGCUUAUUUGGGGACCACAUAUCGUAAACUCUGAAAGCAGCAUUUCAGGUGUUCUCAUUGCUGGAGGAGAGAAUGGAAAUGUAAUUCUUUAUGACCCAGCUAAGAUUUUGGCUGGUGAUAAUAACGUGGUGAUCUCUCAGCAGGAUAAGCAUACUGGACCAGUUAGAGCUUUGGAUGUAAACCCAUUCCAGAUUAACCUUUUUGCAUCUGGUGCCAAUGAAUCUGAAAUUUACAUUUGGGAUUGUAAUAAUUUAGCUGUGCCCAUGACACCUGGUGCUAAAUCGCAGCCUCUAGAGGACAUCAGCUGCAUUUCAUGGAACAGACAGGUUCAACACAUUCUGGCUUCUGCUAGCCCCAGUGGUCGGGCCACAGUAUGGGACCUACGGAAAAAUGAACCAAUUCUUAAAGUCAGCGACCACAGCAAUAGGAUGCAUUGUUCUGGCAUGGCUUGGCAUCCUGAUGUUGCUACACAAAUGGUCUUGUCUUCAGAGGAUGAUCGCUUGCCUGUAAUACAAAUAUGGGAUCUUAGAUUUGCCUCUUCACCAUUACGAGUAAUGGAAAACCAUACAAGGGGCAUUUUGGCUAUUGCUUGGAGUAUGGCAGACUCUGAACUGUUAUUGAGCAGUGGGAAGGACUCAAAAAUACUCUGCUCAAAUCCAAACACUGGAGAAGUUUUAUAUGAGCUUCCAACAAAUACACAAUGGUGUUUUGAUAUUCAGUGGUGUCCACGGAAUCCGGCCGUGCUUUCUGCAGCGUCUUUUGAUGGACGCAUCAGUGUAUAUUCCAUUAUGGGUGGAGGCAAUGACAAUCUUAAUCAGAAACAGGCGGAUAAGCUUUCUUCAUCUUUUGGGAACUUGGACCCAUUUGGAACUGGACAGCCCCUCCCUCCUCUGCAGCUUCCUCAGCAGACCACACAGCAGAGCAGUGUUCAACCUUUGAAAAAACCACCAAAAUGGUUGCGACGACCAGUUGGAGCUUCAUUUUCUUUUGGAGGAAAAUUGGUUACAUUUGGAGCUGAGAAGUCUCAACCAACCCCACAGCAUCCACAAACUGAACGGUUUCACAUUUAUGUCAGUCAAGUGGUCACUGAGGAAGAGUUCUUGAAGCGCUCUAACAAACUUCAAGAUGUGGUCAGCACAGGUGCAUUCCUGGAGUACUGCCAGAAAAAGAUUGACGAUUCAAAGAAUGACUUUGAGAAAAAUGUCUGGUCAUUCCUAAAGGUAAAUUUUGAAGAGGAUUCUCGGGGCAAGUAUCUUGAGCUUCUAGGAUUCAGAAAGGAAGAUCUUGGGGCAAAGAUUGCAUCCGUUUUAAGCCAGGUUGAUGGAACAGAUCAGACUGUCAAAGAAACUGACCAGGCUGUAGUGAAUGAUGAGGACGAAAGUGAAGCAGCAGAGGAACUGAUCUUGGGGGAGAGUGUAAACCAAGAGAAAGGAGAAGGUGGUGUCUCCAUCCCGUCAGGUGAAACAUUUAAUAUAUCAGUGAGCGGAGAUGUUGAUGGACUUAUCACCCAAGCUUUGCUGACGGGUAACUUUGAAAGUGCAGUUGAUCUUUGUUUGCAUGAUAAUCGUAUGGCUGAUGCAAUCAUUCUUGCCAUUGCUGGAGGACCUGAUCUAUUGGCCAGAACACAAACAAAAUACUUUGCUAAAUCACAAAGCAAAAUAACAAGGUUGAUCACGGCUGUUGUUACCAAGAACUGGAGUGAUAUUGUUGAAUCAUGCGAUCUUAAAAAUUGGAGAGAGGCACUCGCUGCAGUACUGACCUAUGCAAGGCCUGAAGAAUUUGCUUCUUUAUGUGACCUCUUGGGCUCCAGACUUGAAAAGGAGCGUGAUUUGUCUCUUCAGGCACAAGCUUGUCUGUGCUACAUCUGUGCAGGGAAUGUAGAGAAACUGGUGGCUUGCUGGACCAAAGCCCAAGAUGGAGUCAGCUCUCUCUCUCUUCAGGAUCUUAUAGAAAAAGUUGUUAUACUUCGUAAAGCCGUGCAAGUCACACAAGCAGUGGACACACAAGAUGUUGGCAUCCUCCUUGCAGAUAAGAUGAGUCAAUAUGCCAUCUUACUGGCAGCACAGGGAAGUCUUGCAGCUGCUAUGGCAUUUUUACCCAACAGCACCAAUCAGCUAAAUAUAGUUCAGUUGCGGGAGAGAUUGGCACGAGCACAAGGAGAGACUGGCUUGCCUUCCACAAACACGACUGCAUCCCGCACAACACCAAUGGUGCCACAGCGCAUGACGACGCACCAGAAUCCAACACCAGACAACCAGUACUACCCACAGGCUAGAAUUGCCCCUACUGUCACUUCCUGGAGUAACAAAAACCCUACUGCCCUUACCAGCCUUGCACCUGCUGCCUCCUCUUCCUUUGACACACAGAGAGAAAAUGCCCCCCCACCAGGCUUCAACAUCCCUGGUAACUUGUAUCCACCUCCUACUGGAGCUUCCGCUCCUACACCGGAUUCUAAUGCCAACCCGUAUAAUAUUGGUGCACGGCAAACGUACCCCCAAACAUAUCCACCUUCUCAACAGUAUUAUGGUUCUGAGGGAUCGGCUGUCUAUCAACCUCAACCCUCAGCCUCAAUUCCCUCUGCCUCAUCCUACCAUAAUUCUUAUGUCUCUUCUCACUCUGCUCCUCAACCUCACUAUCCUGUGCAGCCUCAACACCCUCCAGUGCCAACACAAUCUUCUUCUUUCCCUCCUCCUGGACCAUCUUUCCAGCAUGCCAGGCCAGGAAUGCCAGCUACCUCUGCUUCUUAUGCAAUACCUCCACCUGGAUCUACAGGUACUCUGCCUGCUACCAGUGAGCUGCCUGCAUCCCAGAGAACAGAAUAUUCCACAGUUCAAGAUAUGACAACUUACCUGCAAGGGCCUCAGAAUGGCUGGAAUGACCCACCUGCCCUCAGUAGAACUUCAAAGAAAAAGGUAGUUGAAAACCGCCUUCCUCCUCCACCAAUCACAGCUCCAAUAAUGAACCCUAUGGCAGACCCACGGGCCCAACAACAGCCAGCUCCAUUGCCUGUUACCCCUACAGCAUCAGUACCAGUACCAUAUCAGCCAUCUCACAUGCCAAUUCCACAACCAGGAGUACUCCUUGAUUCCUCAAAGCCCAGUACAGAAGGUGCUCCAGGUGCACCAAUUGGCAACACCAUGCAGACUAUACGCAGUUUGCCUGCUGAGAAGAUCACCAAGAACCCAAUCCCAGAGGAGCACCUGAUCCUGAAAACCACUUUUGAGGCACUCAUCCAAAGAUGUUUAUCAUCAGCCAUUGAUCCCCAAACCAAAAGGAAAUUGGAUGACGCAAAUAAGAGACUGGAGUCCUUGUAUGACAAGCUAAGAGAGCAAACGCUAUCUCCUGCAAUUAUUGCAGGGUUACACAACAUUGCCAGAAGUAUUGAGUCUCGAAACUAUAUGGAAGGUCUCAACAUCCAUACCCACAUAGUGAGCACCAGUAACUUUAGUGAAACAUCUGCCUUCAUGCCAGUACUCAAAGUAGUGCUUACCCAGGCCAAUAAACUUGGAGUGUAAACUCUUUACUCAGAGACUUCCUUCACCAUUUCUUAAAGAGGAAACCAACACUUCUGCACCUUUGUAUUAGAGGAUGGACCAAGGACUAGCAUGUUUUUAAAACUUCCAGAACACAAACAUUUGUUUUUAUGUUUAAGAAGUUUGUUUUAUCUAAAGUGUUUUUUUUUUUUUUUGUUUUUU